UGGGGCGACGCUGAAAUCAAACCACUUGGCUCCAAAAGCCGCCUCAAUGGAAUAAACACGCCCCAUGAAAUUCCAUUAGAAACGGCAUCUUACCUUGCUCCUUUUUUUAAGUCUUUGACCUACCAUGUGCUGUCCUAUCGCCAAUCCCCAAAGGUUACUCUUUAUAAGUCCACGUACCUCCCUCCCCAUUGCCCAGAACAGCAAACUCAAAACCCCCUCAAAACCCGUUCUCUGAUCCCCCUCCUCCCCCAACUCCUCUCUAGAUCUCUCUCAUGGCCUACGUUGCAGUUAGCUUCCAUGGAAGCCCACUUCCAAGGCCCAUACUUGGCAGAAAAAGGAUUCCGGUGGCGCGCAGGUCUUCCUUGAGGUGCACGAUGAACCAGGCGGCAGCCGGAUUCAAAGAUCUCGAGUCCAAGAACACCGGACUCGGACUGGUAGAGUUCAACUUGAACGAGUACAUGAUCGCCAAGGCCCGGCGGGUGAACGAGGCCCUGGACCAGGCCGUCUCCCUCCGCCACCCGGUCAAGAUCCACGAGUCCAUGCGCUACUCCCUCCUCGCCGGCGGCAAGCGCGUCCGCCCCGUCCUCGCCCUCGCCUCCUGCGAGCUCGUGGGCGGCGACGAGGCCGCCGCCAUGCCCGUCGCCUGCGCCACCGAGAUGAUCCAUACCAUGUCCCUCAUCCACGACGACCUCCCCUGCAUGGACAACGACGACCUCCGCCGCGGCCAGCCCACCAACCACCGCGCCUUCGGGGAGGACACCGCCAUCCUCGCCGGCGACGCCCUCCUCUCCCUCGCCUUCGAGCACGUCGCGGUCCGCACCGCCGGCGUGGCGGCCGAGCGGGUGGUCCGGGCGCUGGCCGAGCUCGGCUCGGCCGUGGGGUCGGACGGGCUGGUGGCCGGCCAGAUCGUCGACAUCGCCAGCGAGGGGCAGGCGGUGGACCUCAACGACCUGGAAUACAUCCACAUACACAAGACGGCAAGAUUGCUGGAGGCGGCGGCGGUGUGUGGAGCGAUCGUCGGGGGAGGAGAAGAUGGCGAGGUGGAGAGAGUGAGGAGGUAUGCCAGAUGUGUUGGGCUGCUGUUCCAGGUGGUCGACGAUAUACUCGACGUGACGAAGACGUCGGACGAGCUCGGGAAGACGGCGGGGAAGGACCUGGCGAGCGACAAGGCCACGUAUCCUAAGCUCAUGGGACUCGACAAGGCCCGGGAGCUCGCGCGGACGCUGGUGUUAAAGGCCGAGGAGGAGCUGUCGGGGUUCGACGGAGCGAGGGCGGCGCCGCUCCACCAUCUAGCGCACUACAUCGCCUACCGGCAGAAUUAAGCUAACUGGCGAAGUAAUCUAUGGGUUAUGCGUAGUCGGGGAAGACCAGGAAUAUAAUUUGUAUGGAUAUAAUUUGAUUUUCUUUGAUACAACACAUACACUGACUGAUCCAGAAAUGGGCCUCAUGCGAAUCCCAGCACUCAUUAGAUGUAUGACCCGAGCCUUAUACAUCCAUGUUGCCUAUUCUUCACAAUUUCUCGGCACUCUUCCUGAGCUCAUUGUGCCGUUUCAGUUAGAAAGAAGCAAUAUCUGAUUAAAUCCAUAUUUCCUUCUUGUGAUAGUCUUUGCUUCGGUAUUUUGUAUUUGACAGGUGACCAGUUCAUUAGAAUUCUGCCCCUCUGGUUUGCA